GUCUUCGAGGAGAGAAUCGGCGCGUCCGUUUCGCCGGCGCCGGGCUCGAAGGGUCAGGGGGAGAGGCCGCGGAAGCAGGCCACGCUGCCAGCUUCAGGCCUCGCGUUAGAAGAAGCCGCGAGAGCAGGCCACGCUGCCAGCCUCAGGCCUCGCGCGCGGGAGGGGGGCCGCUGCUGGCCCGCCGCGAAGCCUGCGGCACCAACGGAGAGAGCCCCAGCGCGCUGCGGCCUGUGCCGGAGGCGCUGCCGGCUGGACGCCUCGGCCGUCGUUGGAGCGAGGGGCACAGAAAUUGCAGAACACACACUGGAGGCACAAGAAGCUGCAGAAGCUCCGAAAAUUUACGUUUGCGCUGAUUGCCCAUCCUGCGCUGCAGAUUGGCCUCUCCGGCCUACGCGGCAGCCGACGAGGCGGGGUCUGAGCGGACGGGGCCAGAGGGUGGCGCCGCAGCGCCGAUGUACUGGCAGCGAAACUGGGGGGCAACCCUCUCCCCCCCGAUCGCUGCCAAUGAGCAUCGGCGACACCUGGACGUCGGGAGAAUCGGGCGCUGGAUCGGAGCCGCAGCGCGCGCCGACGCAUCGGCGAUGCAGCGCCGCACUCUCCGAGCCCAACUGCUGCGACCCCCAUGAAUGCUGCCGGGGGUGCGGCAACUCCGCGCCGCGAGCACGCCGGCGCGCUGGUGUCUGAUCCAGGUGGGUCGUUCGAUGGCGCUGGUCCGAUACUGGCGGCGCGCAAAAGGGGGUAGGGAGAGGGAUUUCUUGCUAGGGGGAGGGAGGAAGACUUUGUGGAAGCACCGCUGCUUCUGAGAAUGCGCGGGCUUUGUCUGUAAAUGUCAGGCCCGCGGCUUCUAAGAAGCAGCCUCCUCCUAAGAAGGCAUCCCUCCACCCCUUUGUUGGGUGGAGGCCACGAGCAGGUGGGGUCGGAGGAGCACGACGCAUCGUCGACGCAUCGUCGACGUCGGCGAUGCCUCGGCAACGUCGGCGUGGAGAACAUCGGGCUCCACAUCGAGACGCAUCACCGAGUGAUCGGCAAUGCGGCGCGAUGCUCCGAUCCCAUCUGCUCUGAGCCGAUUUGGGAGGUCCAAGGUAUCGCAGAUCGCUCGACACCCGACGAUGCCGGGCCACUGGCGGCGUUCCGCCUCCAACAGCCGCGCGGCGCAGACGUGCCGCACCUCGGGAAGAAGCGGGCCUUCACGACCAGCAGCGGCCUGCAAGUGCACCACCACGCAUGACGCCCAGGCAAGGAAAAACGUUCCACACGCUUGUGUGGCAUAAUGGAUGGCUGGGGCGGGCCCCCUAGGGCUGACACCUGGGGCCACCUGCUCAGAACUACAUUCCUACCUUGAGCAUCGUCUAACCAGUCCCAAUGGGCCUCGUGGCCGGCUUACCCACCCAGGUGGGGAUCAUAC